CCAACAUCGCUUUCUUGAGAAGAAUUUUAAUAUGUUACCUGUUUGAGCAUAACUCCUUUCCGAUCCACGCGACCCGGCUUAUCUCAGUGCGGAUGCGUGAAAGCUAGAUGUCUAAGUGAGACAGAUGUCGUGGGUAUAUGCCGGGCUGAACAUCUCUAUAUCGUGCAGUUCACACUGUAUUAUAUACUAAACUGCUCGUGAGCAUAGUGUCGAUGUAAAGGAGGAAUUACCGCGACUCAGCUCGUGCUGGUCUGGGGACACGGAUUGAGGGUCUCUGUCCAGCUAAACCGACUAGUGUUUCCGAGGAUGACGGCGAAGACCAGCUGGGGGCCCCGGGAAGCCGGCCAAAUCUACCUUUGUGGCAUGAUCAAGAUCCAUUAGCAGCUCGCACGACUAUCCAGCAUGUGAUGAGGUCCAAAACUGGGGGGAUAUAUUGUUAGCACACACUGGGUUUGGUUAUGAUUACUGAUAAGGAUUUAUAAAACACACAGAGCGCGUUGCGUCACCAUUCACUAAUUUAAUCAACAAUACGGCAGAUGGAAGCUCUUGGCGUUUGUGGCAAAUCUCGCCGGUUAUUAUUCAGUGGUGAAUUUCCUUCAGGUUGUAACGUGAUCUGUGGAUGUUUUUACCGCACGUUUGUCUGUACCAUAUAUUCGUAUUGCCCGUUGUAAAAAUGCGUAUGGCUUUCAAUGCCGGAUGCCAAAUGCGCAAGAUGGAUUGUUGCAUUUCUGUGGCAAAGGAAUUGUGAUAUCCUGUGAACAUUUUGUUCCCUUCUGGAGGUCGCUAUCGUGUAAUCAGGUGUGGAAUUCACACGGCCGUGUCGCUGUUCGUGAUAAGCGCCGUGUUAUAGUCAACUACUGGCAACUGUUAACGCAAAAGAAUCAUCGCCACCUUGUGACAGGAACACGGCGGUCUGGGUUGCUGCCUUAGACAGAUUUCGGCAUCGAUCAACAAGACAAGCAGUAUAUAGGCCUAAUCAUAUCUACACAGCGUAGCGGAAAGCCACAGGUGGGAUCUUACAGACGAAUGUUAAGCUGUCUGUGUGAAGUGCUAUGUUCACCAAAUGAAAUAGCCUAUCUAUAAUUUUAUACAACUAUUUGAGACGUCAGCUGUCUUAAUCGUCACAGGCCGCGGUGGAGCACAUUGCGGGCAGGUAAUUUGGAUUGAUUGACGGGAGGAUGCGGAUGAGGUAGGCCCUACUGUCAUCAAAUACGCCGAUAGCCUUGAUUACUCAGCCUUGUCCACGACAAAUAUAUUUGUGAUAAAACAAAAAGAACCAGAAGGAAAACGAAUUCAUAUACACGUAUGCCGGAUCCAAAAGGUAUUUAAAAUGUGUCCAGGCAGAUCGUUAAAGUAUGUGAGCUAGCUAACACAAGCUGUCAUUAUUUAUUUAUUCAAUGAAAUACGGAUUUGUUCUUAUGUCAAUUUUAAGACGGAAUUCUAUUCUAAGUCGUUCAAAUAUUUUAAUUGUGUGAUCAUCGAGGUAUCGAUUAGGUAUUUUGCUGCUUGCGUAUAGUCUGGAUUGAGGUGGGAGUCUAUUUUCGGUGAGAGGGGCUUGUCAAUCGGACUGCGGUAAUUUAUGGCUACAGUCAGGCUGUACUGAGUCGUGGAUGAAGUUCGUAGUGAAGAGACGGCACAUAUGGUACAACCGCCGGCCGGAGCUGUCGCGCUCUGAAGGGAGAAAAACCCUGCCUGUCUCCUUCUCUCCCCGCCAAGGCACCUUAACGGGAGCAUGGGGUGUACCCCAAGUAUUCACGUCUCUCAAACCGGUGUUGUUUACUGCCGGGAUUCGGACGAGUCAAAUUCCCCUCGGCCCUCGGCCACGUUUAGUUCCGCACACCAUUCCCAUGGACAUAUUAUACUCGGAGACAACGCUACAGAAAUCACUACAAGUACAACAACAACAACAACGGCAGCCGCAGUCUCCGUGACCGCCCCGGUGGGGAAGGGCAGGCGGGGUGGCAAAAACGACCGGACAAACGUCAGUAUUUCGGAGGCAGAAACCCAAACAAGCCGUGUCAACAUGAAGGGUACUGAAAAUGACGUGAUAUUUGGACCUAUGAGGCUGAAACAACAAACCAUGUCCAUUUUGCUAGUGUUUGGGAAGGAGGAUGCUCAAAGUGACGGGUUUUGGUGGGCGGCAGGAAGGCUUGGAUACUGCUGUAACAUCGCUCGUAACCCUGAGAGCGCCUUGGAGUGCUACCUCGACAAACACCACGAUGUUGUUAUUCUUGAUCAUCGCCAUACCAAAAUAUUUGAUGCCGAAGCUCUCUGUCGCUCAAUCCGUGCCACAAAAGCCAGUGAUCACACAACAGUUGUAGCUGUAACAAAAAAAUAUCAAAGUGAGAAAGAAGAACCUUCAGUAUUACCUCUUAUAAAUGCCGGCAUCAAUAGGCGCUACACGGAGAACGCCAAUGUAGGGGCUUGUAUGAAUGAGUUGUUGUUUAUAGAACAUGGAGAAGCACGGUCUCAGCUUAAGCUACAAGCCUGCAGCGCCCUCUUCACUGCGCUGGAACAUACCUCAGACUCCGUCGAAAUCACCAAUGAGGACCAUGAAAUACAGUACAUAAACCCCGCCCAUGAACGGUUGCUAGGUUACCGUGCGGAUGAGAUAUUGGGUAAAGAUGCCCAAGAUUUUUCUCAAAGUGAUAAAAAUAAACCCGAUCUACAGGAAACAAUAAAUGGGCAGCUUAGGAAAGGAAAGGUAUGGAGUGGAUUGUGUUAUGUUAGGCGCAAAUCUGGCGAGUGUUUACAGCAGCACUGUCAUAUCAGUCCAGUUAUAUGUCAGAACAAUAAACUUCGUCAUUAUGUGUCAGUCCGCUGUUCACCCUCUGAAGUACCUCAUCAUUUAGACCGCAUUAAAGACCUCGAGCUCAACUUGAUGGCCAAUGGUGGCAUUCACUGCCCCCCAAAGAGGAGAGAGUCAGUUGCCAGGAUACACUCAAUGACCAUUGAGGCUCCAAUUACUAAAGUUAUAAACAUUAUCAAUGCAGCUCAGGAAAACAGCCCUAUUACAGUAGUGCAAGCUUUAGACAAGGUAUUGGAUAUCCUCCGCACCAGUGAGCUCUAUUCACCAUACUUCACACAGCAGAUGAAAGAUGAAGAUCAAAUGACCUCUGACCUUGUUGGCGGUCUCAUGUCUCAAGGACUUAACAGGCGCUUCUCAGCUAAUGAUGUCUCCAUUACAAAACCACACCACCACAUCCACGCUCACAUUCCUACCCCGACGGCAGCCCUUGCUCAGGUUCCCCAGAACAUCGCUGCUAUCCUUGAAACGGAGAAUACUUGGGAUUUCAAUGUGAUAGAUUUAGAACUGGCCAGUAAUUCUAGGCCGUUGGUUUAUUUAGGUAUGAAGAUAUUUACAAGGUUUGGUGUUUGUGAAUACCUGGAUGUUAGUGAGACCUGUUUGCGGAAUUGGCUACAACUGAUAGAAGCUAAUUAUCACGCCUGUAAUUCCUACCACAACUCUACCCACGCCUCGGACGUACUGCAGGCCACGGCUUACUUUCUGGACAGAGACAGAACCAAGAACAUUUUUGACCAGUUGGAUGAGGUGGCAUGUCUAAUAGCAGCCGUUGUUCAUGAUGUUGAUCACCCGGGAAAGACAAACGCUUUCUUAGUGAAUGAGAGAAAUCCACUGGCCAUCUUAUAUAAUGACCUAGCUGUACUAGAGAGUCAUCAUGCAGCUUUUGCUGUCCAGCUGACUGCCAAAGACGACUUGGUCAACAUCUUCAAGAAUCUAGACAGUGAAGAUUUCAGGUGUGUGAGGUCUAUGAUCAUAGACAUGGUCCUAGCCACGGACAUGGCCAAGCAUUUCGAACAUGUCUCAAAGUUUGUCAACGGAAUAAACAAAGCUGUUCUCAGGGUAGACACAGAGUCAAAUGGGAGUGGGAAUGCCUCUCCCGACAGCUCAGCGGCUGUGACCCAGCUCUCCACGGCAGAAAACCGCACGCUGGUGAAAAGAAUGUUGAUCAAGUGUGCUGAUGUUUCGAACACCGUACGACCUUUCCACCUGUGUAAGGAAUGGGCCAAUAGAAUUGCAGAGGAGUAUUUCAACCAGACUGCUGAGGAAAUAGAAAGGGGCUUGCCAGUGGUGAUGCCCACGUUCGACCGCAAAACCUGCAGUAUACCAAAGUCACAAACCAGCUUUAUAGAUUACUUCAUCACGGAUAUGUUUGAUGCCUGGGACUAUUUCUGCGAAAUUCCGGAGUUGAUAACACAUUUACAGAACAAUUACAAGUCAUGGAAGGAACUUGAAGAAGAGCAAAAUGUCAAAGAUAAAGACGAAGAGAAAACUUGAAGUCGGGGAUCAAAGGUGAAACGCAGGAUAGACUGAAUUCCAUCUUGUUGCCAUGACAACGGCUCUGAAGCAAAAACUGAUUCUUCUUAAAGAAAAAAAAACAAAAAUCAUUUCUACCAUCCACACUGGAAUGGAUUUCUAUGUGUGAAUUGUUUUUCAUCAGACUUGGGCUACCAUAGUUUAUUGGAGAACUCGAAGAGCAUUUCAGUGAUUAUUUUUACACUAUUUGAACCAAAGGUGUCUGGUCUGAAAAAGAAAGGUGUGUAGAUGUUGUAGUGUCACUGAGUGGUGUGCUCGCACAUGCUUAAAGUGCAAAAAAUGGCCACCAUGUUGCUAUUGCACCUGUGGAUAAUAAUCCCUGGAUUUCAGGAGGACGGGUUUGAUUCUGUACCUGAAGGUAGCCACAUGCUGGAAUACACGCACAUGGCAUCUGUGGAGACUGAAAUUAUAAAGCUGUCUGAGUCCUUGUGAGGCCUGCUGAAAAGGAAAUAGUUUAUCUUUCCACUUGAGGAGGGCAGAGGUGCAGCAUUGGGACAGCGACUUUAGCAUAUUUAGCAGUUGCAUGUUUUAUCAUGUGAUUAUGUCACAUUUUACUGUGAUAGCCGGCUGUGAUAGGAUUGAUAUAAAGGGAUAAGAUGAGGAUGAGAUACAGGAGGAUAUACAGGAUGAAGUGCAGGAUGAGACACAGAAGCUUAUAUGGCAUGAGGUGCAAGAUGGGGUGCAGGAUGAGGUACAGUGUAGGAUGAGAUACAGGAGGAUGUACUGAAUGAAGUGUAGGAUGAUAUACAGAAGGAUGUAUGACAUGAGGUGCAAGGUGAGGUGCAGGAUGAGAUACAGAAGGAUAUACUGAAUGUGUUGCUAGAUGAGGUGCAGGAUGAGAAACAGGAGGUCUGCCAUUGAGAUUCUUCUUGAGUAUGAAACUGGGACACAACGGCAGCAUUAUGUGAUUAGUUUUAAGUGUUGCAUGAUGUGUAGAGCCUAUUCUGGAAUAUUCCAUCAGUAUCCUGCAGGAUUAUAGGCUGUGACACGCCCCCUAUUCUGGAAUAUUCCAUCAGUAUCCUGCAGGAUUAUAGGCUGUGACAUGUCCCCUGUUCUGGA